AUGCAAGUCAAAUCUCAACCCUUAUGCGGGUCGUCGGCGCAUCUUCCCCUCUUGGAAGGCACUCCGGCCGAGAGCCCAUUCCAGCACCAAGGUGUCCUUCAAAAGCAUCGCGCUGAGCAAUCUUCCAAAAGUCACAACGUCACGGCUCCACUACAACUGCAACGAGGCAGUCUGAGUCCGUCCGAGAACGCUUACGCGCAGCAGUGCGUCACUACAGGAACCUACUACACUGGCAAUGUACACGCACAACACAUUGGGCUUGCGGGCUUUGUAGUCGAAAGGUCGGAGAAGCAGAUCAGAUGUGAACUUGGUCGACUGUACGAAUUACUUCAACGAUCGGAAAAAUACCAGGCCUAUCGAGAGAAACAGCCCGCUCUUACACCGGCCGAAGUCAUUGCAAGAGAUGCAGCGGAGAGGAAGGAGCAGGAAAGGAGAAAAGCGGAGGGUCUUCAGCAAGAGAAGGACAAGACAGUCUGGCCCGAUUUCAUAGAGCAUGCCUUCUGGACAGCACUCGUAAGAUGGCCACCAAUGGGUCGAAAGAAAUACAUGCUCGAGGGCACACAGCGAGGUCGAAACGAGCUGAUCCAAGAUUCCAUCUACAGGGAUACAGGUAUCAGACGCGACCGUAAACAGAUUUCUAGCCACCUCCAGGUGCUCAAGCAAAAACUCAGGGCUGUUCCUGCUGUCCUUCUCUAUAUGGCCACACCAGAGGACAUAACGAAGCGCCGAUGCGCGAGCACACCCAUUCUUACAUGUCAUUCGUCACAUAUGCGUGGCCGCCAACAUGCGCAGCGCACUGAUUCUGUUACCAAAUAUGAGUACAACAUGGCCUCACCGCACGUGUGGCCGCAUCUCGUCGACCCACAACAGGACCUCGCCUUGGGUUCCGGCCCUGAAAAUCGCUCGCUGUCAUCGCUCUUCACACUCACAGACCUUAGCCUGAUCGUUCACGGUGAUGACCAGCUCGUGCACUGUUCGAUUGAAGCGCACUCGAACGGCAAGCUUGAUGAAUGGAAUAUCGCAGAUCUUGCCUCCUGGCAUCACCAAUACCCUGAAUUUGACUUCCUGCGAUCCGAGACGGAUGACUGGAUGAGAAACGGUCGCAACGUUUUGGUCUGCACCGUACCCAUCAAGCUGAUGACAGAAGUACGGCUAGAGGCUGAUCUUACCAUCGCAUUCACUCUCUACUCGCAUCUUGAUCUUUCCAGAUACGAAUAUAUGGAAUGCAUGACGCGAUUCUACAACGACGGACAAGGUUUUGUCGAUUCGGAACUUGACAGCAUGACUCAUGAUGGAAAAGAACAUCGCACGUCAUGUGAGUACCGGCCGGGUUCUUAUAGAUCCAAAGGCGCUUUGCGUGUCAAGCUUGACGCUGCCUUUUGGUUGACAUGGAUGAAACGAUGUGGUAACAUGAGCUACAGAGAUUUCAGAAGUGUCCAAGACCCAAGCCUCACAGCAGUACAGGAUAUAUACGGUAUCAUACCUGGCACCAACGAGGCUCAAUGUCUCUGCACUGUCCUUUGGAGAUUUCAGCGGACGAGGAACUCAGCGGAAGCUGACAGCAUGAAGUGGCGUCCUUUCAAUUUCGUUAAGAAUCGGUCAGCUGCAGAAACGAGACGGGGCGAUGAGGCGGAAGACUACCACAAAGAUCUGGGUGAUGUGGAGGUUGAGCAUGGGCAAGUCACGGAUGUACCGACAUCCAGUCCUGCGAACGUCAUGACAUAUUACCAAACUCCACAGCUACCAGCGGACUUGGUACAAACACAUACCUCGAAUCACUCACAUGAGAUUGAGUCUCAUCAUGAACGUCAUCCACCGCCACUUUCUAUCGAUAUACUUGGAUCCAUGCAAUCAGACUUAGACCAUAUAGAGGGCUCUGCGGCUACCACUACAAUAGGCUUCUCACAACAAAGUUUCGCACUGCCACGCAAUCAAGCUACGUUGUCGUCGAGCGCGCACGACAGCGACUUCAACUUCAGCGAUGGUCACAUGACUAUCAACGAUGUCUUUGAGCCUGCUACAAAUAUAGCGGCUUAUGGAAGCUUUUUAAGCCAGGGCGCUGGACUCGAAGGUUUGCAUUCACUUGCUGGCUUGGAACACGACGAGUUUGCGGCCAUGGGACUUGCUAUAGGCGAACAUGGCCACUCCACACCCCAAGCUUUGCAACAGCAAUCGCUCGCUCCAUCUCUGUUCAUCUUUGCCAUGUACACACCAGGAGAGGAUCUAAAGAGACACUUGAUCGUGCCUCCUUCAUCUUCUCCGCUGUCAUCAAAUCUGACUGCCAGCAACUCAACAAGUUCAUUCUCCGAUCCCUUUGACAUUGAUACUGUACACGAUCAACAAGGCUCCUACGAUAAGGCUAAGAAGCGCAAGAUGAAGGCCGAUACACCAAUUCAAAUGCCCGCGUUCGGGUCGACACACGUAGAUGAAAUCAAGAGUAAUAGUACUCCGCUUGAUGGCGUUUUCAGGAUCGAAGACUUCAUUAAUCAGCACAAAGAUGCACACCAAUCUCAGCUGCUCGUCCGCGAAGCAAAAAGUGCGGCUUCUGCUGGUCCUCCAUCGAAGAAGACUAAGAGCAAUGAGAACGUCGCUUCUCUAAAGCCCGUGGCAGUUGGUGCCCGUUCAUCCAAGCAUACCAUCCUUCUUCACGAAAAGUAUCAGGCGCUCGGCAUUCCGCAACCGCUGUUCACGUAUGGAGGGAGCGGUGAGACUGGAUGGACUGUCUCUGUGAGCUUUCCUGGUCUAGAUAAUGCCGAUGAGCUACAAGGCCUGAGCGCAGAUAAGAAAUUCAACAGGAAACAGGAGGCUAAAGAAGCCAUGAGCCAGAAGGCAUUAAUAGUGCUUGAGGGGUUAGAGAAAGAGGGGAGGAUCCAGAAGGCGGAGAAGAGUAAGAAGAAGAAUGCUGGUAUUCAGGCUGUGCAGCAAGUCAAGGAGAAGGAGCCUGGUGAGAACUAUGUUGGUCAGAUUCUCGAAUUCCAGCGCGCCACCAACUCACCCCAGCCAACCUAUACUGACUACCAAUCCGGCCAGCGCUUUGCCUGCAUCCUCACCAUUGAAGGCUUGGACAGGGAAUUCGGUUCUAUCAACAACCUCUUUUCUUCCAAGAAAGCUGCGCGUCGGGACGCCGCCCGUCAUGCCGUGGAGUACUUCAAGUCCAUUGGCACAUGGCCUGAGGACGUGACUCUCGUGGGCGGUAUCAAGAAGAAAAAAGCCCAACCGAGUAUUCCCGAAAUGGUAUCAAUAUCAGAACCAGACCUUGUUCCUUCUCUAGCAUCUACAUCAACAGCCUCUCCCGGUACUAAGAGCUAUGCUCAACAAGUUGCCAGUCUAGCAGUCAUACUCGCUCUCCCGACACCAGAAUGGCAAUACACUUCUCAUCCCGAAGAUCCCAACUUCCAUACUGUGACAUGCUUCUUCCGCGGCGCAGGCCCCCACGAAGGACCCAUCGGCGAAGUUCGCAACAUAUAUGGCAAGAAGAAAGCCAAGGAAGAGUGUGCUAGACUCACACUGGAGUACCUGAAGGACGUCAGGGAGAAGCGUGUUGCUUACGGUGCGGAGAUGAUGAAAGGCAUCGCUGGCGCUGAGGGUGUGCUUGCUGCUGCGGCUGGCAAGCCGGUGGAGGGAGAGGGGAAGAAUGCAAAAGAGGACGCGGUGGCUAGGAGGGGAUUCAAGAAUGAGAUGGAGGAGAGCAGUGAGGAAGAUGAGGUAUUUGCUGAUGCACUAGAGGCUUAG